AUGGCCACCGCCGAGGAGAAGAUGGGCGCACUUGCGGCGCAGAUGAAAUCCAUGCUGCAACUCAUGGAGACCUUCAAUCGCUGGCGUCCGGACAUCGACAACUUCGCCACCGGUCUCAGCAAGGACCUCAAAGAUCUCACGUCGCGCGUCGAGGCGUUGGAAGCACAUCCCAAACCUGCUCCGUCUACGGCCCCGAAGCGCGAGGAAGAGGUGCGGGUCGUUGUUGACCACGGCGUGCAACCUCCACCACAGGGGUCUGAUGAAAAGGCCGUCGUCCUUCCUCAACCACUGGCCAAUGGUCAGUUCAUCGCUUCCACCUCCCAUACUCCUGAGUCCAAUACCAUGAUUCCAUGCUGUCCUGGUCACCACCCUAAGGAAUUUCGCCUAUCCAAGGCUGAUUUACCCAAAUUUGAUGGCUCGCAUCCUAGAGUUUGGAAAGAAAACGCUGACGUACUCGAAGCUCAACAAAAGACUUUCAGCCGUCGUUCACACAAAGAUUUCAGCAAGUAUUCUGGGAAGUAUACACCUAAUCCUCAGCCUGGUGUGCUCGGGGCAAUUCCUCCAGAAGCAACCAAACCCAAGUGGGAAGAUGAAGAGGCUGUUUGGUUGCCGGCCGUCCUUCGCCACGCCACAAUGAUGGCAGCCACAGCACAUAGACAGUGUUUGGUUCACGAUGCCGCCACACUUUUUUCUACGCGCUUUUCCGUGGCGAGUGUGGCGGAGAUUUUCUUCGCCACAAACUGUGGCGCAGCUUCCGUGGCGCUGGCAGGCGCUGGCUGUUCAAGUGAUGAAGAAGUCUUUUCAUUGUCGCAUUGCGCAGCUGUUGGCAUCCAGGGCACAAAAACCAUCAGGCUUCAUGGGUUAGUCAAGGACAGGGAAAUUCUGAUUCUCAUUGAUUCUGGGAGUUCUGGUACAUUCAUCAGUGAUAGCACUGCUGCUCAGUUGAACUGCCGAGUUAGUACAGUAGCUCCAAUUCAGGUUAUUGUGGCCAAUGGUGCCAAGAUGCAGAGUAAUCAGAUGGUGUCUAAUUUCACUUGGUGGUCUCAGGGCAAUACCUUCUCAACUCAUGCCAGAAUACUGCCUCUAUCCUACUAUGAUUUGGUGUUAGGCAUGGAUUGGUUAGCAAAAUACAGUCCCAUGUGGAUCCAUUGGAAGAGAAGGCUUUUGAGAUUCACACACGAUGGCAAGAGAAUCAGCCUCAAGGGUGUCAAAGAUGAACUAAGCAGUUGUCCUAAGGUCAAGUCAUUUACAGUGGAGACCAAUGCGUCAGCUAGUGGCAUAGGGGUUGUGCUCUCUCAAGACAACCACCCGAUCGCAUAUAUCAGCAAAGCACUGGGACCCAAGGCUCAAGCUACUUCAACAUACGAGAAGGAGUACGUAGCGCUCAUUCUGGCUGUCUCUAAGUGGAAGCCAUACCUCCAACAUAAGGAGUUCACAAUAUCAACAGAUCACAAAAGCCUCGUUCAUCUUGGCGAGCAGAAAUUACAUGAAGGACUGCAACAAAAGGCCUUCAUCAAACUCUUGGGUCUUCAGUACAAAAUCUCUUACAAGAAAGGCAAUGAAAACAAGGCUGCUGACGCCUUGUCCCGACAGACCAAGCCUCACACUGUGGCUGCAAUUUCUAGCAGUACUCCUAGGUGGUUGGAAAUCAUAUUGGAGGGGUAUAAUCAAGAUGAUCAUACUAAGCAAUUGCUCACUGAACUCACUCUGAUGGGUUCUAAUGACAAGGGUUUCACUUUAAUUGAUGGAAUUAUAAAGUUCAAAGGCCGGAUUUGGCUGGGUAGUCAUACCGAGGCUCAUAAAGCAGUUUUGCUGGCCCUGCAUUCCAGUGGGUUAGGUGGCCACAGUGGUAUCACGGCAACUUAUCACAAAGUCCGGGCACUUUUUGCAUGGCCGAACAUGAAACAGUAUGUGAAGGACUACAUCAACGCUUGUGAGAAAGCUUUGCCUCCUAAUGCUACACUAUCUGCUGAUGAUGAUCUUCAAUUGUUGCAUAUGCUGGACACACUGCCUCCAACUCAGUUUUGGUGCAGAGGGAGUCUUGCCCCACUCAUUGGGCGGUCUGGGAGCCUGCUGCUACGGUAUCUGAUUUGA